AUUUGUCAAAAACAUUUCCUACGAAUAGCUCAAAGUACCUGCAAUUUUUAAACUACAAUGUCUGACAGCACCAUCGUUCUCAUCACUGGUGGAAAUACAGGGAUAGGCUACGAGACCGUGAAAGCCCUCUAUGCAUCCUCCAAAGGUCCAUAUACUAUCUUGCUAGGCGGAAGAUCAAUCGAGAAAGUCAACAAUGCCAUUGCUGCUCUUCAGAAAGAGAUCCCAGAUACCGCUAGCAAGCUCGUGCCGCUGCAGGUGGACAUCGAGAGCGACGAGUCCAUCACCGCAGCCUUCGAGACAGUGAAGUCCAGCGUCGGGUACAUUGAUGUUUUGAUCAACAACGCAGGCGGCCAAUUCGACACCGACAAGACCGACGAAUCCCCGGCCUCCAUCCGCACCGCCAUGAACCGCGCCUACAACCUCAACGUAACCAGCACCCAAGUCAUCACCAUGGUCUUCGAGCCCCUGCUCCUCAAAUCCAAAGCCCCACGCCUCCUCUUCGUGACGUCCGGCCUUUCGUCGCUGACUACGGCGACUGCUGGCAAGAACCCCCCGCCUGGGCUCAAGUACCCGUGGGGCUACCUCUGCAGCAAGACGGCGCUGAACAUGCAGAUGCGGGGGUGGUGCAAUAGGCUGGAGGAACAUGGAGCGAAGACAUGGUGCAUUUCGCCUGGGCUGCUGGCAACGGGGCUGACAGGGGCGGGGCCGGAGGCUAUGAAGAAGAUGGGGGCGCAGGGGCCGGAAAUAGGCGGGGUGUUUAUCAAAGAUGUUGUUGAGGGGGCCAGAGAUGAUCGGGUCGGACUGGUUGUGGAUCGGGCGGGAGUGCAACCGUGGUAGGUUUCGUUCAUGGGGGAACGAGAGGCUAGAAGGUCUAUGUCACGUGAACGGUGAAGCCAGUCUGAUUUACGUUCUCGGGGACAAAUAGUGCGCCCAUCCAUUGCUUUGAGAGAGGAGACUAGGCAGUAGCAGGGACGUUGAAGAAAGGAACGUACUUUCCAAUCUGAUUGUACCCUCAUCUUCGAUGACAUAUCAUGGUUUCUCCUAAC